ACCCCAAACAUGUUUACUUCUAAUAAUGCCUGCUUUGUUCCUACCUCUUUCUGGCUCACUGGCAUCCCAAGGCUGGAGUCCCUGCACAUCUGGCUCUCCAUACCCUUUGGCUCCAUGUACCUGGUGGCUUUGGUUGGGAAUGUCACCAUCCUGGCAGUAGUAAAGAUGGAGCGCAGCCUGCACCAACCCAUGUAUUUCUUCCUGUGCAUGUUGGCUGUCAUUGACUUAGUCCUGUCAACCUCUACCAUGCCCAAAUUGUUGGCCAUCUUCUGGUUUGGUGCCCACAACAUUGGUCUGAAUGCCUGCUUGGUCCAGAUGUUCUUCAUCCACUGCUUUGCCACUGUUGAGUCAGGCAUCUUCCUUGCGAUGGCUUUUGACCGCUAUGUUGCUAUCUGUGACCCACUACACCAUACCUCAGUGCUCACCCAUGUAGUGGUGGGUCGUUUGGGGCUGGCUGCCCUCCUCCGGGGGAUACUCUACAUUGGACCUCUUCCCCUACUAAUUCGUUUGAGGGUGCCCCUUUACCAGACCAAAGUCAUUACCCACUCUUACUGUGAGCACAUGGCUGUGGUCAAUUUAGCAUGCAGUGAUACAAGGGUCAACAACUUAUAUGGAAUGGCAAUUGGCUUCCUGGUAUUAAUCCUGGAUUCUCUAGCCAUAACUGCUUCCUAUGUAAUGAUUUUCAGGGUUGUAUUGGGAUUGACCACCCUUGACGCCAGGUUUAAAACUUUAGGUACAUGUGGUUCUCACAUCUGUGCCAUCCUCGUCUUCUAUAUCCCUAUUGUUGUUUCAUCUCUUACCCAUCGCUUUGGCCAUCAUGUUCCUCCCCAUAUCCAUAUUCUUUUGGCUAACUUUUACCUCCUCAUUCCACCUAUUCUUAACCCAGUUGUCUAUGCUGUCCGCACCAAGCAGAUUCGAGAGAGACUUCUACACAUUCUUAAAGUAGGGACUCAACCCAGCUGA